AUGGGGCAAGAAUACCUCCUGUUCUUAGUUGGAAAAAAGUUGGAAAGUGGACAAAGACCACGAAUGAGAGGCAAGGUCUGGCAUGUACGGCAAAGGCAAGAGCAACAGCAGCGUCCCGUCCGACAGCCAGGCCAGGGAGAAAGCGCUGCAGCAGCUCCCAGUCCAGUGCUAGGAAACAUUCCCCCAGGAGAUGGCAUGCCAGUAGGUCCUGUACCACCGGGUUUUUUUCAGCCUUUCAUGUCCCCUCGGUACCCAGGAGGUCCACGACCACCUUUAAGGAUACCAAACCAGGCACUUGCAGGCGUACCAGGAAGUCAGCCAUUAUUGCCUAGUGGAAUGGAUCCAACACGGCAACAAGGUCAUCCAAAUAUGGGUGGACCAAUGCAAAGAAUGACUCCUCCAAGAGGAAUGGUUCCACUGGGACCUCAGAACUAUGGAGGUGCAAUGAGACCCCCUCUGAAUGCUUUAGGUGGCCCUGGAAUGCCUGGAAUGAACAUGGGUCCAGGAGGUGGUAGACCUUCAAACCCUACAAACGCCAAUUCUAUACCAUAUUCUUCUGCGUCGCCUGGGAAUUAUGUAGGUCCACCAGGAGGUGGAGGACCACCAGGAACGCCCAUCAUGCCUAGUCCAGCAGAUUCAACCAAUUCUGGAGAUAAUAUGUACACUUUAAUGAAUGCAGUACCUCCUGGACCGAACAGACCUAAUUUUCCAAUGGGACCAGGGUCUGAUGGCCCUAUGGGUGGAUUGGGUGGAAUGGAUUCACAUCAUAUGAACGGAUCAUUAGGCUCAGGAGACAUGGACAGUAUCUCCAAAAAUUCUCCCAGUAAUAUGAGCAUGAGCAAUCAGCCAGGAACCCCUCGAGAUGAUGGUGAAAUGGGGGGCAACUUUCUAAACCCCUUUCAGAGUGAAAGUUACUCUCCCAGCAUGACAAUGAGUGUGUGAUCCAUUACCAAGUCUCUUCAUGACAGCUGCACUGAGUUGGCCCUCUCCAGAGAGCUACUAAAGAAGAAAAAUUACUCAUCCCUGUGUACAGUUUAACAGAAAAGAUCUCUGCCACAAUUGGACCCACCAUUUUUUUCAACCAUCUCUCCAGUUUUGUGAAGAAAACGGGCCCUGAUCCGAUUUCGGCAUCCAUAUGUGGCAUAUCCAAGCUGCCCAAGACUGAACUGCAAAAUUAUCUGUGUAUGUAUAUGUAGGAUAGGUGUAUGUAUGUGUGUAUUACAGAGACAUAGAUAUGCGCACAUACAUACAUAGACCUGCAGGACGUUGUAAAAUAUUAUCACAUGACAUCUUAAGUAGAAAUAAGAAAUAGGGACUUUUAUUCCAUCUUUUUCACGUUUACAUUUUAACUAUUAAAAGAACUGCUUCCCUCUCCCCAUCUGAACUGUUUUGUGCUGUGUAUAUCACUGCUUUGUAAGUUAUUUUUUUUAAAGAAGAUCUCAAGUAAGUUCUGUUUUUGUCAUUGUCUGACAUCAUUGAUAGGAAUAAAACUGCUUAUAAGAGGGCUCUCAUACAGUUGUGUUUGAUACCAAUGGAAAAAUACAGUCUCAAGAAACAGAAGACAUGCAGUGCAUUAAGUUUGUUCAGCAAAUGAAAUUAGUCCUUUGCCAUUCUAAUAAGGGAGAGAAAAGAACUUGGAAGGGUUAUUUGUCCCUGUUUCUUCAUAGAUGCCUAACUGCAAUCCUGAACAAACUUGCAUGGUGGUAAGUUCCAGUGAUAUAAUUCAGAUUUACUUCCAUGUAAAUCCAUGUUGAGGAUCAGAGUGCAAAUCCUUCAAUAUUUGUUUCAAGGGAAGUAUGAGUUUAUCUCAGCUUCUUCAUCUAUGCAGGGAAAAAAAUGCAUCAUUACUGUGUUGGGCUGCGAUUGAUUGCUGUAGCAUCCAGCAAUAAAAGUGGCAGAUUUUGUCUUUCUGCUCUUGGAAAAAAAUAAAAUUUUAUUUAGUAUGAUCUUCCAUAGGUGUAGUAAUGAAUAAAAAGCUAUAGCUUGUGUUGCUGAGGCACGCUUUUUCUAACAGUCCACUAUUAUCUCCCAGGGCUAGUAACACCCUUACCUCCAAUUAUCUGUAACCAGUUAAAAGCAGGUCAGCUUUUUCCAGCCAUACUGUUUCUUCCCCAAACACACUCUCACUGGUCCUCUUAACCAUUUUAUGUAUGUAAUUUCAUGUUAUGUAUAAUUCUGUAAGACCUCUUUGGAUGUUUCUAAGACUAUAUAAAUAAUUAAUUUGUUUAAUUUAAGUGAAGGCACAGAUUCCUGUAGCAUCAUAAAGACUAGCACAUUUUAUUGGACAGAAAGUUUUUGUGAACUAAAUAAAACUUAUGCCAUAAUAAUGUGUUAGUCUUUAAGGUAUUACAGGACUUUUAAUCUGCUGCAGCAAAAACAACAGACAUGGCUACCCCUCUGCAAAUCCAUUUAAAGUUAUGUAGGCCGAGUCAGAUUUCUUCCAGGAUCACAUCUCUUGUGGUCCAAAAUGACUGUGGAAUUUAAAGGUGCUACCCAUGAGGAAAGAGUAUGGCAGCAAGUCCUUUUUAUUCACACAUGCUGAUACAUGAAGAGACACAUUUCCAAUUUUUCAAUAUGUUCUUAAAUCAAAAUGUUACUUUAUGGUGUUUUCAAAAUAAUAACAACCUCCCAUUAUUUGCACAUCUCUUAACCCAUUUCUUUUGGCAAGUGUGUAUUGAACUGUUACCUGAGUUCAUUGAUUUAUGUUUCCUUGAGAUCAUUGGAAAAUUUUGUUACAGUCUAUAUAGUGCACCUCUCACUGAAGUAGCAGUGAAAGUACUCAAAUUAAAUGAGAAGCUGUGCAUGGUGUUGGCACCCCUUAUCACUGACUUUAAAGGCAAAGGAAGAUCUUUAUUUAAAUUAUGUUGAUGUUUUGCAAACAUUGUCUACGUGUGUUUAACUGUAGAAUGAGUAAAAAAAGUGGGAAUGAGCAAAGUCAUUUAUGCCAUCAAAUCCAUGACUCUUAGAAAUGUGUAAUUUAACUCCUCUUUCAUUGAGUGCAUAAAGCACAAGAAGUAAUAAUGGCUGAUAUCCAAUAUUGCUCCUUCAUUAACAGAAGCUCUUUAAUUCAGUGGAAGCUUCCAUAAAUGGAAUUAGAGAUAAGUGAUUCCUGCUGAUUCCUCCUUCUCUUUCCUGCUUGUUGCAACCAAAUCUUCCCAAAUCUAUCCUAGACUGUUGAGGACCUUCUGGAACAGUGUCAGAGAUGGAACCAAUGCUAGAGAAAUUGAAAUUUGCAAACAUUGUUUUCCUUUCCUAAAUUUACAGAGGCCUCCACUGGGUCAAAAGCUUUUUAUAAACAGAUAUAACUGCUUAAUCCCAAAUCUUUUUGUCCAGUCGUUCCUUUUAUGCAUGUGAAAGUCUCUGUGCCUAUUUUUUUCAUUUGUAACAUUAAGUAUAUACUUUGCCAGUUAGCCACAUAAACUAAUGGAAUAUUAUACACAUAGCACCUAAAAACACUGCUAAGUAAAUAGUAUUUUUUGUGUGUGAUGUUUUGUACUUUCAAAUCAGCUGUUUAUAGAGGUGUGCAAAAUAGAAGACAAUAUCAAAAUAGGAGAUUGAUUUCCAUGCAUUGAUUUCUUCAUAGCAUAUUGAAACAUCUAUGCAUGCCUUUAUAAGUUGUAUCCAAGCCUUAAUGUCAAGUCUCCUUGAAAGAAGUGUGUGUGUUUUAGGGCCAGUUGAGAUGGAACACCUUGUUCUCUGGAUUUGUUGAUGAAAUUAUCCCAGCAGAAGCAAAUACAUGCAAAGUGUUCACACAGUAAUUCAUCACUCCUGGGUUUUUUUAAAAAAAGGAAUAACUUGUGGUCAGCAUAGCAUCUUUCUCUCCAGUCCAACUCAUAAAUCUUUGACAUUAUGUCUAUACCUGUAUAAGAAUCUUCCAAAAACAUCUUUAGAUAUUUAUUUGUUUUUUAAAUGCCUGAGGUAGAUAGGAGUAUUGUGUGUUGGAGACAAAUUAGCACGAUGAAUAACUUUUGGGGGGCUCUGUACACACUGAUGGAAGGGAGCUUAAAACAUUUACUUUGUAAGCAGAAGAAGAAAUGGCCUCAAGCUUACUUCUUGCUGAAUUUUUGUGUGUUCCCCAAGGUGGUAGGAGCUUUCCUUUAGUCAGCAUUUGCCUACUAAUAGGCAUCAGUCAUAAUCUGAAGAAAGAGGUGCAUAAGAGCAAAUAUUUAGCACAAUUCCUUCAAGCAUUUGCUUCUCUGUGUUGCAAAUGCCAGCUUUAUGUUUGGAACUCUGUUAGGUUUUGCCUCUCAUUCCAGACUAUAAACCAAAAUUUUAGUUGCCACUGCCCUGGUCUAAUAUGGUACAUAUUCCAAAUUCCUUCAAACCUUUUCACACGUCCUACUAAAAGUAGUGAAGCCAGAAGAACUAAUAUCCAUGAGGCACUCUCUUUAGUUCCCUUGAAUACUAAUAAGGGUCCAAAAUACAAGGCAGAAGUAAUCCAGUUUGAGACCGCUUUAACUGCCAUGGCUCAAUGCUAGUGAAUAGUAGUUUAUUGUGGCACCAGUUAAAGCAGUCUCAAACUGGAUUAUUUCUACAGUGUGUUUUCGACCAAUGAGUAUAGCCUAAGUAUUAAUUGUACUUUUCCUAAGUGAGCUUUUUACCAGAAGGAAAUUUAUUUAAUACUAAUUUAAAUACACAGAUUUUCAUCCGCCUACAGUAUGUAUAAUUAAGGGCACACAUGUAUCAUCAAAUCAUGGUAGUGGUCCCCAAACUGUGCCCUUUAAGAAAUUUUGGACUUAAGCUCCCAAAAGCCUCAGCCAUGUUAGCCAACAGUCUGGGAUUCUGGGAACUGAAAUCCAAAAUCUCUUAAAGAGCACAUGGUUUGGCACUACAGAAUUAAGCCUUAGCUCGCACAUUCUCUCCCCUACUGUGCUUGGUGUAUUAUCCUGAUUUACAGGGCAAGUGCAAACCACAGCCUGCUAGUCGGAAGAUAAUGGGCAGCUAUUGGUUUCCUGCACCCAGAAAAUAACGCUUUAGGCAGAACAUGCAAGGAGACUAGGAGGGAAUUGAAGAGUAAGCACAUAACCAUAGAGAUUGAUCAUACAGCAUUAAACCAUGGCUGAAUGGUGUGUGGGGAACAACUGCAAUGGAAGCAUUGAGUCUUAACUGAGUGAUGACUAUAGCUAUUUAAAUGCGAUUGUCUAGCAUGUUUUGUUUCAUUUUAGAUAGCAACUUUAAAAUCUUUACAUCAAAAAGAUCACAUGACUAAAAAUUAUAUGUGUGACAACACUAUGCUUGUAUGCCAAUAUUUUGGAUGCAGUGAGGUUAUGAAAAUAGAUGAUGAAACUGAAGAGGGACCAGUUAUUAAACUGUAUGUUUCAUUUCCCCCCCUUUUGCCUUGGUAUCACAAAUUGUAGCCAAUAAAUAUUGCACUGACUUUUC